AUGUAUCGCAUGAUCAACGUAGUCGCAGAGGAUCAACCGCUGCAGAGGAUUCUUUGGCGAGAGUCCGUAGAUGAGCCACUCCGAACGUACCAGCUGACGACCGUGACCUACGGUACUUCUGCCGCACCGUAUCUAGCAACACGGAGCUUAAAGCGAUGCGCAGAGGAGGGAGAGCAGACGAAUCCACCAGUAGCCAAGGUCAUCAAGAAGGAUUUCUACGUUGACGACAUGCUUACGGGAGCGAAGUCUGUGAAGGAAGGAAUGCGGCUGUGCAAGGAUGUCCUGACGUUACUUGGUUCUUUUGGUUUCAACCUCCGGAAGUGGCAUUCCAAUCAGCCUGCGAUUCUGAAGAGCAUUCCACGUCAUCUGCGUGACGAACGAGAGCUGCUGGAUAUUGACGCGACAGCUACAGUAAAGACCCUCGGCUUAACCUGGGAACCGGCGACAGACUUGUACUGGUUCAAAACACCACGCUGGAGCCCGAAGCUUCCAGUGACACAGCGUAUCGUACUGUCUGAUUCCGCACGUUUAUUCGAUCCGUAUGGUCUUGUAGGGCCAGUGAUCGUGCAGGCGAAGAUGUUUCUCCAAGAACUUUGGAAACGGAAGUAUUCUUGGGACGAACCGUUGAGCGCAGAUCUGCAAUCACAGUGGCUCGAGUUCAGAACGAACUUGGAUCGAAUCGAUGCAGUUUCCGUACCCCGCUGGAUCGCAUUCAGCGACAAUGUGAUAUCAUGCGAACUACACGGAUUCUGUGACGCCUCGGAAAAGGCGUACGGAGCAGCAAUAUACCUACGUUGCGUUGCACAGGACGGAACAGUUACAGUUCGGCUGGUGAUGGCUAAGUCCAAGGUAGCUCCAUUGGAAGACUUGAGCAAGAAGAAGAAAAGGCAGUCAAUACCCCGACUCGAGUUAUCGUCAGCACUGCUAUUGGCGCACUUGUACGAGACAGUAGCAGAGAGUAUCCAGAUCCCAGCGAAGACAUUCUUCUGGACUGACUCGACUAUCGUGAAGUGUUGGCUUUCCUCCCAUCCGUCCAGAUGGCAAGCGUUCGUCUCCAACAGAGUGUCAGAGAUCCAGCAUAUCACUCGAGAAGGCGUUUGGAACCACGUGCCUGGCGUCGAGAACCCGGCAGAUGUAAUAUCUCGAGGUGUAACACCGCUGCAGCUUGCCGAAUGUUCAGUCUGGUGGAAUGGACCGACAUGGCUCCAAGAAGACCCGAGUACUUGGCCGAAGAUGAGUAGCAGUUCAGAACAACAGUAUGAUUCAGUAACGUUGGAGGAAAAACCGCUAGUGACAGCAGCGCUGCAGAUGCUACCGCCCAGUGAGAUCUUCAUCCGCUAUUCGUCUUUGCUGAAGCUAGUUCGAUCAACCGCCUGGAUGCUUCGUUUUGCCAACAACUGCAGAACUAGAAAUCAAGCCUGCAGACGAAGUGGAGUACUGAACGCGAAAGAACACGAAGAAGCUUUGAUCGCAUUAGUGAAGCUGUCGCAGUCAGAGUGUUUCCCAGUGGAAUUGGCAGAUCUAACAGCGAAGGGACAAGUGAAACCCAGUUCGAGAUUGCAUACGAAGGAUCCGUGUCUGCGAGAUGGAUUAAUUCGUGUUGGCGGAAGACUUCGCCAUGCUCCAGUGUCGUUCAGCAGAAAGCAUCCGAUUGUGCUGGACAGUAAUCAUCCACUGACAAAGCUGAUAAUGGUUGACUACCAUCACAGACUGCUCCACGGAGGAGCGCAGCUGAUACUAUCCUGUAUGAAGGAGAAAUUCUGGCCGCUAUCCGGAAGAAACCUAGCUCGGAAAGUAGUGCACGAAUGCGUAACCUGCUUCAGAGCUCGUCCACGAGCCCACGAACAGUUGAUGGGAGACCUGCCCAUGGAACGAGUGACUCCUGCUCCAGUUUUCCUUCGCGUCGGAGUCGACUACUGUGGUCCAUUCAAUGUUCGUCAAGCGUCUCGUAAGGCAGCACCAAUCAAAUGCUACCUGUGCGUGUUCGUCUGCCUGGUAGUGAAGGCGGUACACAUAGAGAUGGUAGCAGAUCUCACUACGGAGGCGUUCAUGGCGGCACUGAGACGAUUCGUGUCGCGGCGUGGGAAGCCAGAAGUGAUCUUCUGUGACAAUGCUACGAACUUCGUAGGAGCGCGUCGAGAAAUCAGUGAAUUGCAUCGUUUGUUUCGAGCGGAACAGUUCCAGAACUCAGUAGUGACGGAAGCAGCCAGCAACUCGAUUGAGUUCAAGUUCAUUCCCGCCAAAUCGCCGAACUUCGGCGGAUUAUGGGAAGCGGCCGUGAAGUCCCUGAAAGGCCACAUGCGAAGAGUGAUAGGAAACACCGUACUCCGUCCGGACGAAAUGUUAACUGUUGUGACGCAGAUCGAAGCCUGUCUGAAUUCGAGACCGAUCACUCCAAUUAGCAACGAUCAUCGAGACCUGGAAGCAUUGACCCCCGGACACUUUUUGGUGCAGCGUCCGCUAACAGCGAUUUCGGAACCGAGUCUGGAGGACAUCCCGGAGAAUCGACUGAGCAGAUGGCGCUUGGUUCAGCGUUACAGUCAGAUGCUGUGGAAGCGAUGGUCUACGGACUACUUGUCAGAUCUCCACAACCGUAACAAGUGGACUCGAAGAAGAGACAACCUGCACAUCGGAACAAUGGUGUUACUGAAGGAGGGUAAACUACCGCCGCUGCAGUGGCAGCUUGGACGCGUGACGGAGAUUCACCCGGGAGCAGAUGGCAUCAUCAGGGUGGUUACCGUUCGCACGCAGCAAGGAAUAUUUCGUCGAGGAAUCCAGAAGAUAUGUAUUCUUCCGAUUCAGGACAACCAACCGCAGGUCGAGGAAGCACAGUAG